AAGGCAGUUUGUUCUUUUUGUGCAUUACCGGUGCAGGAAGAAGCUGCUGAUCGAGGAGUGGAGCCAGGGGGAUGGAGAGCAUGGCGGCCACUGUGCUGUGAGAGCUUGGGUAAGCUGCCGAAGGACGGCUGGGAGGACGUUCUGGUUAAACAAGAAUGUCUUCAACAUCUAGAGGAUCAUCAAGACCCACUGUAUCAAGAAGCAAAGCUACUCCUUCUCCUUCAGCGACUGCUGCCACUGGUUCUGCAAGUGGUGCUCGGCCAAGACCAAGCGAUAAGCUCAAUCCUAAAACGAUAGACCCAUUUGCUGAGCCACAGCGAUCCCCCUCUGCGUUUGCUGCUAUAUAUUCUAAAGGUGGUGUCCCUUGCAGAUUGGUGCAUGGUUCUGUAAAACACAAAUUGCAAUGGGAACGUCUUCCAGAAACCAUUCCAUUUGAUCCUGUGUUAGUAACAUUAGCUGAGGGUCUUAAAGAAACAAGGCAUCCAUACACCUUUGUCUCUCAGGAAGGAUUUAAAGAGCUGUUGCUUGUCCCUGGAGCUCAACAAAAAGCUCUGCCAUUGUUACCCAAGUUGGCAGUUGCAUUGAAAGGUGCCCUGGUCCAUACAGAUGAUGGUGUUUUUGAAAGAGGAUUGAAUGGCUUAGUACAGUUGAGCGCUGUUGUUGGACCAUCUCUUAAUAUUCAUCUUAAGAAUCUACUCACAAGUCUGUCAAAAAGAUUAAUGGGCAAAAGAUAUAAGGAGCAGGUAACAACUGCUCUGCAGACGCUGGAACAAUAUGGAGGCAAGGAAAGUCUUGGAAUAAUUAAAUCAAAAAUACCGACUUACAGUUCCAUCUGCAGCUGAAGAGUACAUGCUUUUGUACACGUGGAUUAAUGAUGGCAGCCAUGAUUUUUUUUUGUGUGUGGGUUCUAAUGACUACAAUUACAUAGCUUGUAAAUGUAUUAAACUUUCAUACCGUCCAAAGUG